UUUUUUUAAAAAAAUCGUGAAAGCUUUAUUUAUUGAUAUUUGCAUGAGCAAGAGAUUAAAAUAUUGAACCAAUAGGUUUGAGCAGUAUUUAGAUGUAUUUUGGACAGAUGGAAAGUAUAAAUACAGAACCAGGUAGCAGAACUCCUUCCCAUUCAAAUUAAUAGAAACAUUGUAUAAGGAAUCAGAGAAUGAUACUUAAAUUGAAAGAAAAUGAAUUCAAGAGAUGCUAAUGUAUAAUUUUCAUUGAAAGACGACCAAAAUAUUUGGGAAGGAAACAAAAGAAUGUCUUUGACAGUUAGUUCACUGUAAUGCUUUAAUAAUGUAUUUGUAGUUUAAAUAUUCUAAUCUGGGCUAAUUUUGGAAAGAGAAAGCUUGGAAUUUUUUCACCGGUGCAGUGCUUUUCAGUAUUGCUAUGUAAAACAGACAAUAAAUUCUUACAAAUCAGAAGUGCUCUAAUAAGUGCAGAGAAGAGAAAAUUUCUUUUGUCAGCAAAAACCCCCAAGCUUAGCUCUGCAGGCUUAUGAUGUAAACAGACAGAUAAUAAUAAAAAAAAUUAUUAUGUGAGUAUAGGUAACUUCAAUUGGUCUCAGACCUUUCCUGAGGAAGAAAAUUGAAGCUUUAAGGACUGGACAUAAUGACAAAUCAAUAAUUUUGGAUUAUUUUUAUUAAAAAACGAGAGAGAACCGUUUUAUUACAUGAAUGACCAGUAGAAUGAGGCUUAGAAGGUGAGGGAAUGCAGUGCAAAGAACUUCGUGGGACAUCAGAUGUAAAUGGUAGUAACGCUUUUUUCAUUUCUGGGGUUAAGCUGAUAAAAGAAUUUUUUUCUAUUGUCCAUAAUGACCCUAUACCACUUCAAUAUCCCAAUUUUUUCAUUAAGUGAGACUUGUGCCAUAAAUCUUUUGGAAAAGAAAUAGAAUAAUGCCAAGAUAAUUUGUUUUAUUGUGAAAUAAUAUGAGUUUUUUCCUUGCAAAGAUGCAUGUAAGCUUUUCAUUUUAAAGGAAGGAGAGCCCUGAGGUUUCACUCAAUAUGUAGUAUUUCUAUUUUAUACUCCUCGUAAUGUGGUGUAAUUCAGUCAACCUAAUAUUUUGGAUGGUAGAAAAGUUCAGACAUGAAAAUUCCAUUUGGACUGUCUGUGCUGCAUACCAGAAACCUCUAAGGGUAUUUAAUCAUUCAGAACAAGAAAGGUUUCUUUAAUUUUUAAACAUGUAUUUCAUUUUAUGUUUUAUUUAAAUUGUCUUAACAUUUACAUAGAACCCCUUGAAGGCUUGAAAACUUGAAAUUUACAUUAAAUUUAAAAAAUAAUUAAUUAUGAAGCAUACUGUAUGUGGAGAUACAUUAGAGGAAGAAAAGGUACUGUAUGAGUAUGAAGAUAAUCUGAUAAUUACAAAAUAUUACUUGCAAAAAUUAUUAAUUUAUGUAGCGAUUAUUUGUUUUAAAGGAACUGGAAUCCAGAUUCCCAAAGAAGUUUUGCGGUAAUACUGCCUCCCACAAUAGUAUGAAUAUUUAAAGGAGUAACAUAUAUGAGAAACUCCAAGUUGCAAAAGAGUAGUUAACUGUUUAGGAGACAAGGGAAUUAGAACCACAAGGACAGUUUCUUUUUUCCAUAUGUUGAGAUGCAUGAUCGUGGAAUUACUCAGGAAACGUGGGCUAAAGAAAGCUAGGUUUAUGCUGCUGCUGACAACCUUUGGGAAAAUUAAUUAAGAUAGUAAAGUCUAAAUGUUGUAAGCAUGGAAAGGAACAUCACCAGCUUCAUGGUGAAAUGUUGUACAGCCUAGCGUGGCCCGCAAGGGACCAGGACAGAGAGGAGAAGUUAGGAGAAUUGGGAGUAGAAUGUUCAGGAAGUAACUGCAAACCUAAAGAAAAAGCAUUUCUUAUCGUGAGUUCAUGUAUCUUUAAACUGUGAUUCCACUCAGAAAAAUGACAGAAAAAGUUUGUGUAUUUUCCCAUAAUUAUCAAUUGUAUGUCCCAGGAAUACUCAUUUUGGCCAUGGUAGCUGUGUCAGGUUUUACUGGCAGUCCCUUGAGGUUGAUGGCAAAAAUAUGUAUUAAUGCCCCUUGGCAUUCAGUCAGUCCCCUGUACAGGGACUUAUGGAAACAGAUUAACCAUCAUUGUUUAACAAACAGUACUAAAAAAAAAGGUAUUUAUUUACUUCUGACUUAAAUGUGCUAAUGACAGUUUACAAGUCGUAAUUUCUGACUGUACCAGCAAAAUGCUAAUCUGUUUGUGUUUGAAAGAUAUUUUGCUUAUAGUUCUGGUUUCUUCAGGUGUUGAGCAAGGACUUUACUGUUACCACUGUAUGAGUGUUUUCCCAGGCCACUAAAGAGAGAUGAAGAUUUUAGUUAAAGCAGUUAACCCUUAAAAGGUUGAUUAUUCAAAUCUGCCUAUUCACAGCAAUAUACUGUAGUCUCAAUUCAGAGUUUACUAAAUAUUUAUACUGAACAACUUAGUUCUCAUUCUCAUGUUAUGAGAAUACAAAGUUAUUUAACAUAUUUUUAGGUGGAAAACUGGAUGUGGGAUCUUCAUCCCAUUCUAACUUUGGUUUUGUCUUUCCUCUGUUCUGGCAUUUUCUGGCUGGUAGGAACCUCAGGCUAAACCCUCUGUGAUUAUUCCUUUUCUCCAGGUUUGGGAUGUAUGUUGGCUUGUUUUUCACCCUGUCUUGUCCAAAAUGGUAUGGUAAUUUAAUACAAUUAAUGGGGGGAAUUGGCAAAAUUUAUCUUCUGGUUUGAAAGCCAAAAGUUUCUUGGGAAAGUUGCACAGAUACGAUGCAAGAAUUUUUUAUUUUUACUGUUCCCAUUUGCUUGUGGUUCACUGUAACCAUUUGCUUGUAAGAGUAACUCUUUAGCAGAUGUCCCUAGCCACAUUCAGGGGACUUUGGAAGGUAUUCUUUGGCUUUGUCACAGUAUACAAGUAUGCACAAGUGUAACAGUGUCUAGGUUUACAGCUUAAAUGAAGGUACAAGGUAUGUUAUAGGCAGUGCUUCUAUAUGUAAAUACGUGAACACUUCAGAACAUGCUUUCCUUUCAGCUCUGAAUGUUUUUUUUCCAAUACAGUCAGUGCAAGGCCAGCCUGCAUUAGCAGUAGGGUUUUUUUAUUUUAAACUUUGAUAUAUAUGCAAAAUGCUGUUGACUGAUUGUGGAAGUUUGUUAUUACUUUUGCGUAAUUUUUAAGGAAAAUACCCAGUAUCAGCUACUCAGUGCUGCUGUGUUCGCUUCUGUCUGUGGUAUCAUUUGUCUUUGAUAUCGUCAGUCAUGAGAAUAUCUUCAUGUAAUCCAAAUUUGCAGUGUUUUCAGAGAGCUGUAACGUGAAACCAUAAUUUUGUUGCAUCAUUUACUGUGGGGAGGGGGAAAUUAAUUUAAAAUGAGACAUUUUAAGAGAAACCUUUUGUUCAAAACCAGUUUAUGCCUGUUUAGACAGAGGUUUCCUUAGAUUUUUAAACCUGGAUAUUUGGUUUAAAAAUUUAUAUGCUAUUUCUGUUUGGUAAACUAAACUUUCAAAACUAAAUAGUUAAAACCUGCCCCAGAGUUUCAGCUUUUUCUGAGAUUUUCUUUUUAACCAGCUGUGAUUAAAAAAAAAAAAUUUCUUUUUCUUCACUUCUUCCUCGCCUACAUUAAAGGUACCUUUUCUGUCACACAGCCUGUGCAGUUUUCCCAUAGGGACAUAUAAUGGAGUUCAUCAAAGUGAAAAAAGUGAGUCACACAGUCAUUUAUUUACUCGUGUAAGACAAUAAUGGUGUUGAUAGUUACGCAGACACGCUUUCAUUUCUUUAGCUUGUGGAAAAGCUGAGAGUUAAAAAGUCUUUGCAGAUGAGACGACUGCAAGUGAAAAGAAAGAAAUUAAGCCACAGCUACAUGACGGUUACUCUCUCAUAUAAUGCUGUUUGUUGUCUUUCAGCAACAAUAAGCAGAAAUGUUGUUGGUCUAAAUUUGCUAGAAUAUUUAAUUAUAUAAAUUAUGAAAAGGGAGCCCUGUUUUGGUGGUAUAGAGUGUCAAAGGAUAUUUAUUAUUAUUUUAUUAUGAUCAAAAUAUCAGUUUAGAUUCUAAAAUUAAUGUCUCUCUAGUUUCUCCAUGUUUUGCAAACAAAGCUUUCUCACUGUUCCUGCAUGGUGAUUUCAAGGUUCUGACUGUCCCACUUAACUCUCUUUUGUAUGUAGGGUUUUAUGUGUAUGACUGUGUUUUGAGCAUAGGAUUCCCUGCAUGCUCUGUUUUCCUUUCCAGCCCUGUGGGACUGGAGCUUCAGGAGUUAGUGGGACUAGGCUAACUAACAGCAGAGUGCUGUAAGAGUAACUUGGAAUCACUCUGAAUGGUAGGCUGGCUGUGAUGGGUUUAUCAGAGAAGAGAGGAUUUCUGACACUGGUAUCAUCUCUAGGAGUGCUUGGUGGAGUUUUAGUUACUCAUUUGCCUUAGCUAAAGCUAACAGGAGUUCCAUUAGGUGCUCACUGAAAUAGAGAAAAGCCCUGCAUUCCCCAGUUACUUUUGAGACUUCUGCCUAUCUAUGCAGUAGAUAUACUCCAUAACGAGCUAUCCUGUUCCUCAGUUGCCCAGCUUUGGAGAUCUGCAAUGCACAUGGACUCCCUUCUAGCCAGCGUGUCGGGGUUUGCUUCCCAUGGGCGGUGUGCACCGAAACCACGGUGGUUUGGGCUUACAUCAAACGCCAGAAGCUGUGAAAUGUUGUUACAUGCCACAGCCAGAUACAGCCCAGACUUCCAAAGGAAGGGAGCACAAAAGGGAGCUUUUUGCAAAGACUGUUUCCCAAGAGAGACACAUUACUGUGUUUUCAGCCUUGUUCCAUAAUGGUUAACUCUUAUGCAUGGUCUGUUUAUAUGGUAUGUUGAACAGCUGGUGAUUACCUCUGGAGCAGUUAAAAGGUUGAUGCACUAUGUGAGAGUUUAGGGGACAGGCAAGGUAAUCCUGUAUACAAAAACCUGGUGACGAAACAAAAAUGUACUACCUUUGUCAUGUGGGAAAGAUCAGUUUCUUCCUUAGGUGAAUCUGAAAUCAAAGCAUAUGCUGUUGUAAUGUUAAGACUUUCAUUAGCUUCCUUGUUUGGUAGAUUUUUUUUUUGUGUGUGAGUGAAAGUGGUAUGUCUGACACCAGAAAAUGUUGCUUUGAAAUUUUUGUGUGUAAGUUAAUUCUAUGAGUGAGGGGCAUAGAAAUCUUUGUUAAAACUGCUACAGAAGAUGUAAACAAAAUGAUACAGGUUUUACCUAUCCUUGGUAUUCCUUUCAUUUCAGGUACUGCACACCUUGCUGUGUUUUCCCAACUCCAGUCAACUGUGUAAUGCUGCAUAGUAAAAUAAGAGAUCAAAAAUUGAAAUCGAACUGCAUUCAGAGGAUGAGAAGAACACCUCCACUAGAUGAACUGCAGCCGCCUCCAUACCAGGAUGAUAGUGGUUCUCCUCAUCUUUCAUGUACGCCUUCUGAAGUCGGAGACGGUAAAUGUGAAUUUUCCCAGUGUAGCAACAGUCCAAGAUGUUCAUAUAAGUGCCCAAGCGAGGGAAGCACGGGACAUGAAAUAGAAAGCUUUCAUAACAAAGGAUAUGAGGAGGAUGUACCAAGUGAUAGCACAGCUGUCCUUAGUCCAGAGGAUAUGUCAGCUCGGGGAUCAUCUUCACAGCUUCCUAAACCUUUUGAUCCUGAGCCAGUAGCUAAAUAUGGCACACUGGAUGUGACUUUUGACUAUGACUCACAGGAACAGAAGCUUUUGGUGACAGUGACAGCUGUCACAGACAUUCCCACAUACAGCAGGACAGGUGGAAGCUCGUGGCAAGUACACCUAGUUCUUCUCCCUAUAAAGAAGCAGAGAGCAAAAACCAGCAUCCAACGGGGACCGUGCCCUGUCUUCACAGAGACGUUCAAAUUUAAUCACGUUGAGUCUGAAAUGAUUGGGAAUUAUGCAGUUCGCUUUAGACUGUACAGCGUACGUCGCAUGAAAAAAGAGAGGAUUGUGGGAGAAAAGAUUUUUUACUUAACAAAAUUGAAUCUUCAAGGGAAGAUGUCAGUGCCAGUGAUGCUGGAACCUUCUUACAGUCUGUCUGGUUGUGACUCUCAAAUGAGCAUGUCAGAAGUGUCCUGCAGCGAAAGUACCUCCUCUUGUCAGUCUCUGGUACAUGGCUCAGCUCCAGAAAUCCUCAUUGGCCUCCUUUAUAACGCUACAACUGGAAGAUUAUCAGCAGAAGUGAUAAAAGGCAGCCACUUCAAAAACUUGGCAGCGAACAGACCACCCAAUACCUAUGUUAAGUUAACACUGCUGAACUCAAUGGGGCAAGAGAUGUCCAAAUGCAAAACUUCAAUCCGGCGAGGACAGCCAAAUCCAGUAUACAAAGAAACCUUUGUUUUCCAAGUGGCACUGUUUCAGCUUUCAGAUGUGACGCUCAUACUGUCUGUAUAUAAUAAGCGCAGCAUGAAACGAAAAGAGAUGAUAGGGUGGAUUUCUUUAGGUCUCAACAGCUCAGGAGAAGAUGAACUCAAUCACUGGACUGAAAUGAAAGAAUCUAAAGGACAGCAAGUAUGUAGAUGGCAUACUUUACUAGAAUCGUAAUGGACAGUACGAAGUGCAGUCAUGGUUUUAAGGGAGUUUGGACUCUCAAGCAGAUGGUCAUCACUGGUCACAAUCAACAGAUUUGCUGUGGAAGUAAAAAACGAAAAUCGAGGUCAACAUUCCAUCGUAAAGAAUGCACAACAUGAAAAAUGGCGGGAUUUAAUAUAUAACCUUCACUUAGAGUCAGACACUUCCUUGGUGUCAGAGAAGCCUUGCUGUAUACAGAUACGUUAGUGGUCCCUCCCCCAUCCACCUGAUGCUGUAUUUGUUUGGGUUUGUUUUGUGGUUUUCAAUUCAGAAACGUUUUAUGUAAGGUUCUCCAAAUUAAUGUAAGCUCCUCCCUUGUGUACUUUUUGUAUUGCUUUAAUACUGUAGCUUCUGACCUGCCUGCACUCAGAUUAAAGAUCGAUAAUUUGCACUUUGAGAAAAAGUUAAUGAUCUGUAGAGCAAAAGAACAAAAAACCCACCAGUGGAGAACACUUAGUAAUAUAGCAAGUAUGAAUAUACUGUUGUUUUACACUGAGUUUCUUUCCAGGAGCUUAGUACAAGUAAGUUUUCAUUUUUUGAUAUGCAGUUGGUUAGAAAAAUACUAGCGUUUGGGCGUCAGGUGAACUUUGACAUCAAACUAAUGUUUCUUCAAUCUGUGACAGGAACGAGCUCUAUAUAUGGCAUAAAUUGGGUUUUUCCCUCUUGCCUGUACUUCUGCCUAAUCCAAAGAGACCAGAUCAUUAGUUUGGUCCCUUCCAAAUCUCCUUAGACAGGUUGUACUGUAAAACUAUGUAACUUUCUGUUGAAAGCACUUCCUGUAUUCAUGUAUUCCAAUGUAGGAAGCUCAUAGAGCACGACUUUACUAAAAUAUAUUUUCGUUAAAUUGAUACGGAUUUCUUUAAAAUGUUGGUAGUUGGAAGUUAGGUUGAAAGACUGUGAAGGAAGUGGUAGCAGUUGAACUACUCUGAAUGAAUGCGAAAUACUGUGGCUUUGGUUGAAAUAGGUAUCAGUCUCUUCUGAGCUGUCUUGGGGAUUGCCAUAUGCUGUUUGUUGGAAGCAGAGAGCAGACCAGGAGUUUUUACCUUUCUUCUUGGAGAAGAGAACUUCAGUAAGUUAUUUUUCUAGUGAUUUGCCAGCAACUGAAUGAAUGCUCGCACCCAAAAUAGAAGUUUGCUUUGCUUAUGUUCAAGCUGGGAAACACGGCUUUUUGACGACACAACUGAGAAGCCACAGUAUCACAGCAAAGUUUGCUAUCAGAUAAAAACUCAUGGCUUCCACCAAAAUUAGGGAAAUAUCAGUGCUUCUGAGAUUCCUGUUUGUCCCAAAUACUUUAACUGGAAUCACACUAAUUUACUGACUACUGAAUCUAAUUCAUAUUAUGGAAAUGGUGGAUUAUUGAGUAAACAUAUUUUUUUAAAAGCUUCCCAAAUCAGACAUGCUUUUUCUUGUAAUUGUUUCAUUUACUUUUUAAUUGUUGCCGUAUGGAAAGCAAGCGAUAUUUUUUCUUAUAAAUGAUGUCUUACUAAUGUGGGACCUCACUGACUGUUGUAGCACUUGGUUGGUAGAAAAGUGAAGUUUUGGAUUUAAUUCAGAGAACUAGUGGUAGCCUAGAGCGUUCUCAUUAAGACAAAUGUCUCUCUCUUGAAUUUCUUUAUAAUACCUUUGAAAGAUCCUGGCUUUAGGGUAUACAGACAGUCAAGUACAGAGAGGCUGGAGACAGUGAUAUAAUAAAGAUAUUUCACAUGGUUCUAAAAUUCUCGCACUACUUCACAAUUUCAUUAAGUCCUUUUUAAAGGAUAGUGUAAUUCCAUUUCUUGGUUUAUUUGGUGCCUUUUGAGGGGUUUAUUUGCAGAGCCAGGCUUUCGGUUUUUAUUGAUUUAAAGAUUUAAAAUAUUAUUACAACCUUUUUUUUUCCCUGGUAUUGCGCUGCUGCUUCAUGUACAGAAGCUUUAUUUACCAAAUACAAAUAAUGCAAAAACUUUCUUUAAAAAGGAAUGGUCUUGCAGUAACAAAAUACAAAUUGUUUCUUCAUCCUUUUUGUUGCUCAGUUUGUGAAAUGUAAUGUUGAGUGCAGAAUUUAAUAAAAAAUCAACAUUAAUUUUACAUGCAUAAGGAAAAUGCUCAGAUUUUCCCAAUCCUUUCAGCUUUCCAUAUAAUAGCAACGCUGACUUAGAAGCUGUUCAAAAGCAAUUUUUCAAUAGAUGUGGAAGUGUUUUUCCUCAUUCUCUUUGUGGGUAUUUGGAUGCUCUUUCCUAAAGCUGAAAGUUGUCUCUUGAUGAUUGUCUCUUUGUACAGGUUUUACUUUAUAAAAUAAUGUACAGUAUUUAUAAAAUAACGUCAGCAUCGAACGAACAAAGAAGUCAGUUUGGAAGAUGCAGCAAAUAACCUCUUACAGAACCAAACUAAAUUGAACUGUGUCGUGACUUGGGUUUCUGCUUGUAGGUUCCAUUGCUUCAGUUUUACAUCUAACCAUUCAGGUUUCUAAGACACCAAAAUCUUAAUUUAGACACAGCAGAGAUGUCUAGCACUCUGUGUUGGGCACCUUGAAGAAGAGGAAUCUCUUUCUAGUUCAUGAGACUUUUCCCAAGGUAUCCAGGUCCAGCCUGUGCUUCACAGAAAGGUUUGGCUUACUUGGAUUUAUGCUGGACAAAGACUGGGAACUGAAUAUAUAAAGAGUGGAAAUGAAUGUUUAAUUUUGAGGCAGUAGGAUAUGGACUUGCCAUGCAAAACCAGUCACACCAAUAAUUGAAUUUGCCCUAAGAUAUUUAUGAAUUAGUUAUAGUAUCAAUAACUGACAUGUUGGGUUUUUUCUUCCUAGAUACCGUUCCUAUGAUUUGUUUGUAAUUUGGUUUUUCUUAUUGUUUUAUGCAAACCUAUACUUUUGUAUCUGAAAUCUGCCUUUAGAUUUAUUUUUUUUAAACUCCGCAUAAGGGCUUAUGCAUACGGUGUGUUUUUGUGCAUUCAGUUAGGUCUUAAGCAUGGAACAGAAUUUCUAAAGAGCAAAGUAUUGGAAACAAAUUCGAGGUAUUUGUGUUUUCCUCAGAAUUGUCUGUGCUUUUUUUAUAGCUUUUUGUUGUUUAUCUUUGUUCAAAAGUACAGUAAGUUAAGCGUUUAUCAAAUCAAUUACUUCCAUUUGCCAACAUACCAUGUAGAGAUCACAGUUCUUGAAUCGAAUCUGCUUCCUGCCAGUGUAGCCUUAAAUAAUUAUAGAACAGUGACGUUCUUACAGAUUCUAUUCUUGAAAAUAUUGCAUCCGCUCUGCGUAUGAUCUAUUUGGUUUAAUGUUUAGAAAUGUCACAUAGGUCUUCUUAAAGUGUUACAAAUAUGAAGAAGUAGGUUAGUUCCUUUCGGUGGUAAGGGCAAGAUUGUGAAGGGCAGCACAGGCAAGCAUGAAAUCACUGUGCAGGAGGAUGAGAGACUACAGCGUCUGCAGGACAUCGCUGUCUCCCACAUACAUGGAGGCAAGGAGUCAGCAGAGCCAUGCUUCUGUUCCCUGUUCAGCCAGGCAGCACAGGGAAGGAGGAUAGUACUGGUAAGAUUCAAAGCUUGGUCCCCAUGGUGCUGCCUCGUGCUCAGGACUUGAGAGAUCCACAUUGUAACCACACUGCAAAGUCUGACUGCAAAGGCAGAAGUUAGGCAAGGUGUAAGUUGUGCUACUGCAGAAAUAUGAUUUCUAAAUCCAAUUACAAUCCUCUAACCUCAUUAAUAAUUAGAUUUUUAAAUAUGGUGAGCCCUUGGAAUGAAUGUACGUGAUCUUACUGGAGACGAACGGUGUUUAUCAAUUAAGAGAAUACUUGACCUGAAAACAGAUCUUGUACAUUUACUGUAGGAGAUAUUUUCACCUUUAAAUUUUUGUUAAUUCCUGAUGGUGGAUGCAGUGCCAGCAUCAGUACCUUCCCAUUUGACACACCUUUGGAGCAAUUUUUUUUGUCGUCUAAAAUUUGUGUUUGUGUUACUGAUUUGUUCUCUUUUCUCCCUAAUGACUUGCUCCUGCAAACUCCCCGGCACCCUGAGAAGCUGUCUGUGGCAGUCACUGGACCUUAGAAGUCAAGGGCACUCUGCACCCCUUAUAAUAAGGUACUGGUGCAAAAUUUCCAUGACCUAUCCAACUCCCUAAGAUUUCUGCAAGGCAAACCAUCAGUUUUAAUACAGGAAGCAUAAGAAGAAAGCUUUUGUUCUUUGAAGGAGAGAUUUUAAUGUAAGAAUUUAAUGCAGAUUGCUCUUACACAUACAAGUUCUAACGAAAAGACUGUGUUAAAAUCAGAGAAUGAGGUUUGAGGGGAAGCCUUUUGGCCUGAACUGUUCCAACUUGAAACUAACAGCGGAAUGCUGUUUCAUUUAACUGAGAGUUGCAUUGAGGCCUUUACUUACUCAUCACACUUUUCUGGAGGGGAAAAAAAAAAAUCUGUCCUGUUGAAAGCAGUCUUGAAACUAUGUCUUGUCACUUGUAAGGCAGACUGACUUCCUCCUGAAGCUGAAUUCUCAGUAACACUAAUUUAAUUCUCUCACUGAUGUGCAUGCCUACUCACCAUUAAUGAGAGGAGUCCAUGGGCAUCAACAGGAGAGUAGGCCUGACCCUGAAAACAUGAAGUGCAAUAGGAUCAGUAGGUUAGAGCAGUGAUACAGCAUGGCACCCGCAGCACAAUUAAAUGUGAUUUCAGUCAUGGAUGGAAGUGAAAAAGUAGAUGCCUGGAUACUGUCACAAACUUGUUAUUUAACAAUCAUGUCUUACUUUUGUUUCUCCUUUUCCUCAGCUUCUGAAAUAUUUUUAAAACUUUAAUAUUAAAAAUGUUACAGUGAUCCCCAAACAUCUUGAUCAUUUUAACUGAAGCAAUUCAGCAAAGUUUAUUGUUAGAACAAGCCAUCGAGAAUGUUCAGUAUUUUGGUCUAUUUAACUCAACUGCCAGAUUUUGUAGAGCAUCACAGCUGGAUUUCAGACUACUUUGUUCUGAUGGUAGUUUUUGAGGGGGAAGUCACAGGAGCAUUUGCUUGUCGGUGAAUCAACUCCUGAUGAAGAGAUGUCAUCUGAGAGCGAGAGCAGUAAAAUAAAAGACAGCUUCAUACAGCAGCAGGAGACAGUGACUCAAAUUCCACUCUUGAAGCCUUGUGGCCCUCGGAGGGCCCUACUCAGAGGAACCAUGUCACGUGAACUGUGGGGGUUUGUACAUUCAAAGCAGCACAGGUCUCUGUGGGCACCCCAUGGCUUAUAACCUAGUGUAUUUUACAGGUGCAAGCAGGGUGGGUAGUGUUUAUUUGCCUAGGGUGAUUAGGGUGAGUACCAACUGGCCCACAGUGACAUGGAUUAGUUUAGCCUUAAGAACUUAUCACUGCCCCUCCUUAAGUUCAAGCAGGGUUUCUUCCUUUCUGCAGACUAUGCAGAAAUCUUAUGCGCCCAAUGUAUCUGCUUGUAUUAUGCCUACCUGAAUAUGGCACAAUUACAUUAGUGCUAGCAAGCUUAGCUCAUAUGUAACAUGGUGUGACUGAAUUAAUAAAUUGGUCUGAUACAUGCUGGAUCAGGUUUUGCUGUGCAGGUUUAUGCUGGUAUAAUACAAAGGUAGGAUCCUUAUGCAGAGGAAUGUGCCAGGAGUUAGGAAGUGGGUGGUAUUGCUCCCAUAGGAACAAAGACCAGGAAACAGUUACGUCCAGAAAAUGGGCAAGGCUAGACUAAUAGCAAGAAGAAUUCAUUCACUUCCUUGGAAGCAUCUACUGGUAGAGCUGGUACAAAGCCUCCAAAAGAUGCCUCUCUCUGAGGGCCCUACUCAGGAGAGCAGAAGCGGUAAUACCAUACCACUGAAGGAAUACCUCAUGGACAUUCAGGGUUGUAAUUAAUGUCAUCAUUUUUUCUCUUGUAUCUGAGGUCAGGAGUCUUGCCCGUUGUAUCACGUUAAGUUUUUUGCGGUGUUUUGCAAAUCUUGUGGAUAUUCACUGCAUGCCAAGGGUCCAAUGUAGAUUGCUUUAUAACUUUUGGUUCAUUUCCAAAGCGUGAGUUCGAAUGAAUUUACAGAAUGAACUACAGAAGCAUUAUGAUAGCUUUGAGAUGGAAUCUCUAAGCCAUCGCGCAAGCAAGGAGCAGGGCCUUGAACAAGUUGUGAUAGUAAAUUUGGGUAUGGCUUCUUACGACGUUUUAAGACCAUUUCUAAGAAGUUGAAUGUAUUAGGUAAUAUUUACAAAAAAGGAGAUAAGAGCAAUGAUCUUAUUAUGCAGCUAGUUUGCUGUCCUUUCCAGUAAACCACAAGGUUCAAUAGCGCUCAGUACUGUUUCGUUUACGAUAACUGUUUUUAAUGUGACUUUCAUUACAAAGUGUAAUUAGUGAAGCCUUUUCUUCAAUUUUUCCCUUUCUUUGCUUUUUUUAAGGAGAGAUUUCUCCUUAUAUAGUAUAUAUACUUUCUUACAGAGCUUUCUUACCUAUUUUUAUAUGAUGAUUUAACAAUGUAAAAUUAAAUGCUCUAUGAGCAAGCUGUAUCACUGUUACACAAUCUAAAGUGCUAGGAUAAUGACUAAGGGCCUGGACCUACUGCCUUUUACUAAGGUCCUGGUUUAGCCACAGGUCUUUCAUGUUGUGUAGUACCUUUCUCUAUAGGCAGUUCUGUUUCUCCAGGAUGACUCCGAGAAAGGCACUAUUAACACGAAUAACAGUGGUAAAACUGAGCCUCCUCUCCAUUCUUAGUGGGACAUUCAUCAUGAGUAAAGGCUGCUGGCUCUGUCCCAAAAGUAUAGUUAUAGAUUAUAGUUCCCUUGAUCUUCAGUAACUUUGAACUUGCUUUCUGGUGACUAUAAGCUAAUAACUGAUCUUAGUGAAUACAAAUAUUGAAUUGUGGUGUUAUCAGCAAGACUAUUAAAAUGUGUUUCACAUUUUAAUUCAUUCUUUCAUCGGGAUAUAAGGAAUUGGGUUUAUGAAGCAUCGUAUUGCAUAGAGAUAGCACACAUUUGCCACAUUUUUAAAAGUGUAUAAAAUAUACAGUAUGUAGCAUUUUCUUGCAUACUUUUAUACUGCCUGUAUGCCACCGAUGCACUCGGUGCCUUCUUUCUUUUGUAUAAAUCUAAUACGUAGAAAAUCUAAAGUUACGGUGUGAAAGCAGUGUCGCUGCAACUGAAGAGAUGUCUUAACCUGAUUAUUCCUAGUACAGGAGGUUUCAAAUGGCAGUUCAGUUUUAAUACAAUGCAUUUCUUGGAAUUCGAAGUUUUCCCCUUUCCUUCCUCACCCCCCUUUCCAAGAAACCUCCUCAUACGACUGUUUAUUCUUAAUUGAUUCCUGUGUCUGAUAUAAGUCACGUGAUGUUAACCAAAGAACCAAGUCUGUUUCUAAUUCUUUGGACAAAUGAUGUUUGGACUUGCUAUUACUUAAAGACAGAAAUUAUAUAAUGGAUCUCUUUGAACAAAUAUAAAAUAGGCUUCUGUAAAUGUGACUCACAGCUGAGAAUUCAAGAUACCUCUUUUCUGACUGGUUGUGCAUUAUUGUACCGGUAGCAAAGUGUUUGAGUUGUAUUUCUUCGUGCAUUUUAAUCAAAAUCCCAUCACAAGCAAAAAUAUAACUCAACGCUCUCAGAUUAGCUUGUUUUACCGAUUUUAUACCUAUACCUGAAGUGUGCAACUUUGAGAACAGAUUCAGCUCUUCUGUGUCUGAAGCCCCGAUACUAUGUAACUGUCUAGUGUAUGCUGGUCUUACAGAAACAGGCUCACCCUGCGCUGUGUGUACAUUUCCUACCGGUGUCCCUUCAUUGUAUCAUUUAUGUAAUACAACACGGUUUUCAGCUACUGUUUCAACUUGAAUUUCCUUAAAUUUCGGUGCACGUAUAGCCUUAAACAUUUGAGACACCGAGCACAGUUUUAAUGGGAAUAGGUUAUAUUUGCAAGUCCUGUUUGGCAGAGAAGUCAGAGAAAUAUUUUUAUAUAUCAAUCAAAGAUUGUAGAAAAUGGGUAUAUCACAGUCAUGUUAUCAACCAUGCUCCUAAUUAUAUGCAUUUUAAAAAAAAAGGCAUUUUUUGUGAAGUUUUUAGAGGUGAAAUAUCCGAGCUCAUUUCCUUUCUUGAAUUUGCUUAUUUUGUUUUCAUAUUUUUAUUUCUGUACAGAACCUUGGAGUCCCUAACUAAUGCCCAUUACUGAAUUCACCCCUAUUUUCAGAAUUCCGUGAGCUGCUUUUCUUUUCUGCUGUGUUUUUUUUAAGUUGAAUAAGCAGUAAUUAAAAUUCUCUAAAAUUUUUUUUAGAUUUUGACAGUAACAUAAUUAGAGCAAAUUUAGUGUUUGCAACCGUUUAUGCAGCUUAGUAAAGUCUUAGGACUCUGAAACUGUCAUUAUAAUCCAGAUGAAGACACAUGUUUCAUGGCAUUUUGGUCCACAGCAGGUGAAAAGAGGAGUUCUGGCGGUGAAUGUGCAGAUCUGCAUAUUGGGUGUCAGACUGUAAAUCCCCAGAUGGAUUAAUAAUUAAGUGUCACAUUGUAUCUACAGUAUCUCCAGUUGUGUGUGUUGUCAGAUACUUGUCGUUUUGUUUUCUUUAUUAUUACCUAGCAAAAAAACUACUUUUAUCAUUUUGUGCUACUGUAUAUUAAUCUUGAGGGUUUCUGGCGUGCAAGAUUAGUUCAAUGUUGUCAGUUCUCUCUUUGUAAAAAAAGCUGGACUUUCAGCAUAUGCAUCCCACUAUUAUUCUGAUUUUGGGGAGAGGCAGGAUGCCACCGGCUGGUUUUAGUUAUAUUUACCUGUACAGCACAGGUACCUUUAAAAUCCCAUGUUAGUUUGAUUAAAACUUGCUGUAGUAUAUUUUCAAACCAUGGAUCUGUCACAACAUUAAAACAGUCUUUUUUGUGUAUCUCAAGCUUUGCAGCUGUGGAUUUGUAUUUUGUUUGCUCUCUCUAUUUGUACUGAUUACCUCUGUGAAAUGUAUUUUUGUCAGUUUGAGGACUGGAAUGGGUCUCAUUUGGUUAUUUCAAAAUAUUUUCUGUACAUGGAAUCAGCUUUUUGCAUGUGAACCUAAUUGCUGGGAAGUAUUUGAAAAAAAAAAAGGAAAAAAUCACUUUUAAAACUGUCUGUUGUCACUUUCCUUUGGAGUUCAUUAGGUGGUAAACAAACGUAAUAGACUUCACUGUUCAGAAGAUAGUAACGCUUGGUCAACCAUUUGAACUGCUGUCUGCAUUGAAGAUAAGAAAAACUUUUUUAAUUUUGGCCAGGUAACUAAUCCUAGUGC